AUGUACGCAAACGAAUUUCGACCUUAUUAUAUUCUUAUAAGAAAAGAAGAAGAGAAGGGUGAUAGAUAUGCUCGCAUUAACAUGGAAGUGAAGCAUCGGGCUAUAUCCGAGCCUAUCAAUCCAUUUACCAAGAAAACAGUUUACACGCAAACGUACCCAACAAAGUUAAUUCCAGCUGCGCCUAGAAGAGCUUGCUGUUAUUAUUGUUCA